CGCGCACUUGCUCUGGUAGGAGCGACCCUGAGCAUGCGGCCUGCACCUAGCCCCCAGCAGCAGCAGCAGCAGCAACAGCAGCAGCAGCAACAGCAGCAGCACCAGCAGGACGAGAUAUUGGACUGGCGCACGGGCACCCCUGCAGCGCUUCGCGUUCGGCGCGGCAGCCGCUUCACCUGGCGCAAGGAGUGCCUUACCGUCAUGGAGAGCUACUUCAGUGAAAACCAGUACCCAGAUGAAGCUAAGAGGGAGGAGAUAGCCAACGCCUGCAAUGCUGUCAUCCAAAAACCUGGCAAGAAACUGUCCGAGCUGGAGCGCGUUACGCCACUCAAGGUGUACAACUGGUUCGCAAACCGGCGGAAGGAGAUCAAAAGGCGAGCCAACAUAGCAGCGAUACUGGAGAGUCACGGCCUGGAGGUCCAGAGUCCCGGUGCUCACUCCAUCUCGGACGACGUGGAGGGCCCCGAGUAUUCGGAGCAGGACGAGAGCCAGAGCGAGCACCAGCCGGACCCCAUCUCACUGGCGGUGGAGAUGGCGGCCGUGAACCACUCCAUCCUGGCGCUCGCCAACCAAGGUGGCGGUGGAGGCGGCGGCGGCAGCGUCAAAAUGGAAGCACCCGAAUUCGAGUGACGUGGCGAUGGAGAAAAACAAAAACGGAAUGUUUAAAAAAAAAAAAGCGCUGCGUGGCACGCCGGAGGGGAACAUCCACGGUGCGACGCUCUUCGUUCGCGUGUGCAGCCAAAGACGCGCACGUGCGAACAGCGGUGAUUGAUGCUUGGCGUAAGGAUCCUUUCGGGCGUGCGUAGGCGGCGUUUCCUACAAAUGGCCUUAACGCCACACCUGAUGGGGGUGUGUGUUGUUUGUACAUGUCGGGAGUGUCCGGCUAACCGCUGGGGCGCCCCUUGCACGCGGACUGCUGGUUUAGAAUUCUACGGAUGAUGAUGAUGAUGACAACAAGCGCUGGCAAACAUGCGUUACAUGUUGUUCUUGCCUGGUCUGAAACUGGACGGGCGAGCUCGUCUGCUGAGAUGUGUUUUUUUUGCACUAUCGGAUGCCAAACAAUUUAUGCUCACAUCUGUACGCUGAAUCUACACUCUGCCCGCUGAUGAGAAAUAACAACAAGACAACACUUGAAUUAAUCUCCAAGCAGAAAGCCCCCCCCCCUCUCCCCGUGUGCGCGCCAAUUUAUUUUAAAACCCAAGUCUGCAUUUUGUCUCGCGCAACCCGGAAAAACAACCACCGCAGUGACCGCGAGAACAUGUAAAACACACGACCUGCGUAGAAUGCAAAGAAUGAUCCGUUUGUACACAAGUCAAGCACCUUUGCUAACAUCGUGUGUAUAAAGUAUACGUUGCCUUUAUUUAGCAUAUGCAUAGGGUAUGACCAAUGCCUUGUCAAAGCGGUUAGGGCAGUGAGGCUCGGUGGUGGCGUCGUGUUUGCCCCCCCCUUCUUCCUGGGCCCCCGGCUAAAAACCCAACCGUACCCCUAGCCGACAGUAACCGGGGUGGUUCUUUGCCGGUGCUGCCGCGUCGAGGUAGUCCGUGCCACCAAAAAGCCUCGAGGGGUGGGGGGCGGGCAGGGGGGUUGGGGGGGGCCCACGGCGCUCACCGUCGUCGUGCGGUCGCGUGGACACGAGAGAAUGUACGCCAACUGCUCUUCUGCCGCGUCGCGCUCUGUGGGGGGAGGGGGGGGGGGGAGACGCGCUCCGUCUGCAAGCCGAAGACGAUCCGAUUGUAAAGGCCGGGACGCGGAGGACCGCCCCCCCCCCCCCUGCCGGACGAAGGGCGUGCGUAAUUAAACAAGGAGCAAUCCCCGCUAUUUACGAGGUCCGAGCCUCGACUAAUAAUUACAGGGGGGGGGCCCGGACAAUGACAGAUGUGAUGUCGACUCUAAGGGGUGAGAAGGAUGGUUGGGGUGCGAAUCGCACACCUCGGCUGGCCUGGUCCCAUUGGUCGGCGUAGCUGCGCGUUUCGUCUGCUCGUCCCGACAAAGGUGACGCGCGAAAAAAAAAAAAUCCCAUCGCACAAAGGCUGAACAAGGGUGCUGGGGGGAGGCAGUAGUGGGUGGUGUACUGCGCACAGAUUUAUUUUAAAUUGUGCUGUACUGUGUAGUCGGUUAACGAUGAUUGAAAGAAAAAAAGGCUAAAUGUUCUCCACAUUUCACUGUAACGGUUGGGUCCAGUUUUAUUUCACAUGAGGUGCUGUGCUAAUUUACUUGACAAGGUAUUGAUCCAGUCUCUUAAUUACCUUUGGGUACAGUGGUGGGUCCAUUUGAUCGGCAUAGAACGGUUUGCAAGGUGACUCAACGGUUUCUUUUCUGUCACGUUUGUCAAAAAUUAACGUGUAAUUUUUCCCGACGCUGUUUGUAAUAUUAUUUGACACUUUGCAUACUCUCUCACGUGCAGCAUCGUCGUUUAUCUUGCGCACGACUCAUUUCGGAGUGGCUGGAUGCCCUUGUUUAUGUUUAGAUCAUCCGAAGCCUCGCUUAAAUUGCGUCACGUUUGUGUGGCCACCCCUAACGCCGCUCUGCGGCUCACUUUGCUGCCUCUCUCUCUCUCCCUCUUCCCUCCGCUCUCAUCAUCACCCUCUCUCUCAUCACUGACAUCUUGGCACAGGCAGUCCUCCCCCUUCCUGCCAGGCGCUCCUUCCUUUCCUCCUUCCUGCUGUUCAUCUUGAGCCGUGCCCUCGGUGUCCGUCUUGGGCACUUUUAUCCCGAAAUCCUUUCCCGUUCCUUUUUACAUCCAUCGUCGACUAACCACCUUCCCUUUGGUGUGUCCAUGGGUAAAAAAAAAAGGUGUUGUUGAGAUCCGAUAUUCAGAGUACACAACCAAGUAAGACAAUUACGGCUUGAUCUAGAAUCGUGGUCAAGGAUGAGCAAACAGAGAUUAAAAUAAGCAGAUGGAAUUGGGGAACUUUUAACACCAGUUUAUUAAAUAUGUAGGCUUGUUUUUUUAGUUGCAAACGUUAAUUAAGGCUCAUUGCGUUUGACUGUACAUACCCAACGCUCGGUUGCUGUAACCGUGUGUGGUUUUUUAAGCUUUCCGUCUGCUCGCCGGAUAGCCUAGGGAGACAAAUGCACUUCCUCUAGUGCAGGCUUGGCAGCUGGAACAUCCACAAGCUCGUUGGGAUUUGUUGAACCGUGCAAAUCUUGCCACAGUAUGUUCAUAUUUGGGAACUGAGAUAGUACCAAAGUGCGCUGUUUGCCGUAGAAGGGAUAUUAAAGACCCUCUGAAAUCUGCCAGCAGUAGACCCUUACGUGCCAAUGCCCAGGCCAAAAAAAAUAACCCAAUUCCUUUCACGGGAAAUGCGUAUGCUUGUUAAACAUAAUAAUGUGUUUUGCAUCAUCACCUUAGGUUUGUUUUCCUUCAAAUUAGAUGCACAAUGUCCUCGACAAGUUACGUGGGAUGUGGCAAGCGGGCUUGAGCCUGGAUAGUACGUGGACGGCUGUACAACGAGUCGUGAGGAGGCUCGCGGGGUUUUUAGUCGCGCAGCAGCGAGCAGUCUCACAACAUCCAUGACCGUACUUGCAUCACUACGCCCCCGCCUGCAACCUGCAAUGACGAGCGUAGCGAAGCAUGGUGGAAUAACAGUCAACGGCUUUGGGCGUGGGAUGAGGUCCCAAUCCAGCAGCGGGUUUGCCCUGUAGACGGAUUGGGUUUGAAUGGAAAUGAAACGCAGAGUGUUCUCUGCAGUGGCGGCAGGCCGUAAGCCAGCGUUGUGUUACACCAACAGCUGUGAGGACGGGCAGAGGCGAAGUUCCAAAUCUCCCCCCCCCCCCCACCACCAAUAUGUACGGUCGCCUUGGAUUCAGCUUCUGGUGACGUCGUGUUGAAAUGUAAUCAGCCUGCUUAGGCUGCAGGUGCUUCUUGGUACAGUUUUAGUUAACGGGUUCGAAUCGCGCUGGUCUUUCGGAGAAUGCUUUUCCGAAAUUGGAGCAAAAAAAAAAUCCAAUAAUCCACGAGUGCCUUUUUAAUUCGUGGAUUCUUGACGCUUUUGCAACUGCUCCCGUCAUCGGCGGCACACCGCGCCCGCUUGACAACAAUUUGCGGGUUAUUUUGUGGUCUAACCUCUGCGGUGAUCCUCUGCCCCCCACCCCCCCACCAUAUCAAUGCAGACUAUUGGAAUUUCUGGUUGUAUCUUUAGUCGUCAGCAUUCCCCGUUUUUAAUCGUUGGUCAGUUUUCCACCCGUCACGUCAACCUGUACCCCCCUUUGCCCGACCCGUAACUCACGCAAGGCUCUGUUGUUUGUCGCCACGGGGGAAGUUGACGAUUGUUAGGCAUGCAAACGGCGCGCGUCCGCGUCCCAUCAUGAAUGUGACAACCUACUAUAAUGUAUGCAAAUUAUCUGUGCGGUAUAAAUUGACAUUGCGUGCGGGUUAAUACGGUGAACAAAACUGCACGAAUGAGACGAAGCUACCCGACAAAAAAUACGGGACAAUGUUAAUCCUGGAGACCCUCGAAUAAUGGCAAUUCAUCGAAUCUUCUUGGCAGUUGAGAUCAUCGCAUGCCUAAUCGUUAUUCACCGUUGCACCUUAAUCUUGGACCUCACAAGACUGCGCUUAGAGAGGAGAGAGAAAAAAACCAAAGUUUUGUGGCUGUGAAGGGGCACCUCUCGGCGGGGGGUGGGGGGGGGUCACGCAUUGGGUGCCGUGGGCGAGGCGGCGUCUCCUGCCUCUUCCUUGUGACCCCAAUCCCCCCACCCGAACUCGUCUCUGCUCUGUGGCAGCAGGGUCCGUAUGACGACAUGGAGGUGUGUCUUGGAUCAGGUCGAGUGUUUGGCGUUUGCUCACUUGGGUUGGCCCGAACCCGGCAGCAGGAGUUUGAAACCGCUCGCUUCUCAAGGGGUGCGCCGCGUCGUGCCGACCGAGUGGGGGGUCCACCUUGCAUAGUUUUCUACUGCUCGCUGAAGCGUUCUUUUUUUAAGUGUAACUAUUUAUAUGUAUGUUAACAUUCAUUUUGUUGGGGAACUUUAAGUUAAUUUUAAACAAUUUGUUCUGUGUGUAUGUGUGCGCGCGCGCGCGUGCGUGUGUGUGGUGCGGUGGCUUUUGUGCACUGCUGAGAUCUGGAUAUUCCUGGGGUUCGAUCCCUGGUAACGGAUACCAUCGGUGGCGCGUAUCUCAGUUGGUCUCGGGGCCCUGCCUAGGUUCAACUCACCUUUAAUGAGUAUCUGAUGCUGUGCGUUCACGCCGCGCCAAACAUUUUGCCGAACCAACCCUACGACCGAUCCUCUCGUGUUGUGUCCGCGCCUUCACAGGUCUCUCUCGCUCGCCCCAACAGUCUUGAGAGGGGGUCCAUACGAUGGGGCUGGUGGUGUGGGUGGGGGAGCUUUGCGUGCGUAAAACUCUCGCGGUGUGGUCUGUGGUCUGCAUCGUCCGCAGAAUGACGGGAGACUGCCCGGUGCCACUGUGACGAACUGACUCGUUAACACCGCUACUGUCGGUGUUUUGGGGGGGGGCAGGAGUCCCAAAAGAAACUACCCCCCCCCCCCUGUGCAACCGUCUUUGUUACUUUGCCUGAUGGUUGUUUGCCGACUGUGGGCCCACUUUACACUCACUCACACUGGGGCAUUGACUGUUCAAUCAGAAUUUCUUUACAAUAAAAGCGUUGGUGAUAUUUGUAGUAUAACGGGCUUAUAGUAUUACACUGUAACGUAUUUACAGACUUGCAAAGGUUCAUUUAAAUGAAAACCUAUGAUUUUUAUACUAAUGUGUUAAAUUUGUGUAAUGUUUAGUCACAUUAAUUUUUAAAGCAGAAUUGUUAUGGGGGGAGGGGUGGGAUAACUCUAGAUUGUGUUGCAGUCUUGUAGGUUAUGAAGUUUAUUGAAAUCUCAGUUUAGCUAUUUGUAUUUUUUCUAAAAAGAUAGUUAUUUUUACUAGCAUUGUUCGUAGCUCUACGCUUAUCUACUGGUCAUCGAGUAAAGUGUUAUCAGGACUUGCUAUGCUUGCAUUUGCUUGGAUAGUGUCAUCUAUAAAUUGAUGGUUAGGCUGAGAGUAAAGUUACCAGUGGUGGCCCGAGCAUGAACAUUCCUUCCAAAUAUUUUUCCUGAAUUCCUAUCCGGUCAUUAUACAAAAUGCAGAUUUUUUUUGUCGUGUGUUCCUUUUGCAAACAUCUGCCCAAAAGUUAACGGAUAACUUGGUAAAGCACUUAAGAAACGCCAUUGUUAAUCUCGCUGUUGCCAGGUUGUUUGGCCGGCCUAUUUUUGUUUGCGUGUGGAAGGGUUGCAACCCUUACCCAGGCCAAAUGCAGCGCUUCAUACGAAUUGGUGUUGUGCUCCCAACGUGGCAGAGUUGUUUUUAAUCCCACACGUAAGGUGUGGCUGUUGGCAUCAUGAUUACAUCUGUUGCACAUCCAACUAUUUUGAUUGUGUCGCCUUGCAGGUCCCCCACACCCUGCACCUGACGCGUUGUAUUUAUAGAACACCCGUAAUGAAAUACCCUGGGGUUUUUUUUGUUUGCGCAGCACUGCACACAACACUGUGGCUCAGCAUCUAAUUGAUGCUGCUUCAUAUCGACACCCGUGUGUGUUAAGAUAAUGGCACAGAAUUCUAAUAUUAAGGCAAUUGAACAUUUAAGAGGGCAAUUCCAAACUCUAAUGAAAUGGCAUGCACCGGUGUAAUUGCACAAGCCAGUAUUUUGUUCCUUCACUCAUGCCACUGCUGUGCAGCAUUACUUCCAGAACGUUUUACUUUGAGGAAGUAUUUAAUUUCGUUUCAAUCUACCACUAAUAGAAUAAUGUUGAAAAACGUGUGCAGCAAAUGUGAACCUGAAGAUGACUGUGCAACAUGCAUUUUAGAUGUACUGUCUUUAGAAGAUAGGAAAAGUGAUGAUACUACUGCGUAGGUCUUCACGGUUAUAUGGCCACAUCGCUCUCCGAUGUGCAUGUGGGUUGUUCCGCGUCUCGUUCGGCAAAAAUGUCCCAAUGUUUUACUCUGCGUGCUUUGGGAGCUUCUUCGCGAACUUUUAAUCAAAGAUGCUCCCGCCGCACGCGGAGUGGAACUGGAACUGACGAAGCUCCCCCGCAAUGUGGAACUAAACAUUUGGGCGUCAUUGUGAACAACUCGGGAGAACGCGUGGGAGAAGUAUCGAUAAAGUGCUUUCGAGAGGGAUCUUUUGGAAACUUUCGUUUGAGAGUGAGCGUGACAUUAGUGGAAUAUUGCGUUGGUGGGAGCGGGGAAAAAAAGCCGGUGACUUUUUUCUUUUAACAUUUAAAUGGUUUUCAAACCAGCAGGGGCAUACCACCAAAAACAUAUACGACUGUGGAUCACGUGUACACUGGGCGCAGAUUUUAUGAUGUUGCAAAGUUGCGGCUUUGGGAUGUGAAAAUACAAGCUUUCCCAGCACGAGUCAUUUUAAUUAUGCUUUUAGUAAUUGUCUCAAAGGCCGAAUGAUUUAUUUAAUUUCGUGUAAGGGUGGCCCAGAAGAUAUUUGGUUGUCGUGUGCAAGGACAUUCUCUUCCAUAUAUGUAGCUGUCUCUUUAGUUUGGGAGUUUGUUCAGACGGCAUAUAUGUAGUGCGUUUCUAUUUUCGACAUUUGAUUUAACACUAUUCAACUGUGCUACGUUUUAGCUUUUUAUUGUGUGGUUUUAAAAAAGAGGCAUUUGGAGUUUUCGUUUUGUGUGGAUUGUAACGUGUUCCAUCCAUUACCCCGGACGUAGUACGCUGCUGUGUAAAUAAAGUGUAGCGGCCUCCUA